UAAAGCAAAUGAUCUUUGAAUAAAAUGCAAUAUAUUGAUUUCAAAUAAAUUAAAGGAUAUCGGACAAUAUUGAAGAUAUAUAAGAUAUUUUGAAAACGAAACGAGUUGGAUGUAUCCACAACCAUGAGAUAAUAUGAACAAAAUUAAGGGACUUCAGCACCCUCAGUUUUUUCAUUGAAAUUGCGCCCCUGGAGUCCAUACAAUAAUAUUGUAAUAAUAAUUAGUUGUAAGUCUAUCGCCUAUUAUAAUAGUCUAAGGCUGGUAGUAUUUCAAAGUUGAUACAUAUACAACUAGAUACUAUUUUUGCACCUAUACUGAUUUUUAAAUAACUAUAUCAGUCGGUAAAGUUUAACGGUUAUUAUGGAAUUGGCAUGGUUUUGGGUGCAUUCAAUGUCAAUACAUCAAGCCGAAAAAUCAAUGCAAAAUUAGUGCCGAUUGUCCUUCUACCUAGGUAUUGUUCUAUAGAAGAACUGUAGGAGGCAGCUUCGGGAGGAAUCCAAGUAAGUAUACAAUAUUUGAACCAUAAGUCACAAUCCUGUUAAUGCUCUUUUGAUUAAUUUUUUUGUCUGAAUAUUUUUCGAGAUCAAAAGUGGUACCUAAGCUGAAACGGGCACUCUAUGUAUCAUAUUUUAUAUCAUGUUAUUUUUCUACGUGACCUGUUACAGACCACCCCAGGCGGACCUAACAAUUGAUAAGCUUUUGAUCGCAAACAAUAUAUUAAUAUAACUCAAUACUUAAUUUUGACACUGUCUCGAAAUUCGAAUAUUUCGCGAAACCUUUGAAAAAACAAAAGGGUAACAAAGGUAUUAAAGUGACGACCACGGUUCAAAAACUCAAGGUAUCAAAUUUUAAUUUUUAAACCAUCAGCUGACCACCAUUGUUAUCUGCACGCUGCACCAUAUUGUGACCGUAAUAUUAUGACGUGACCACCAUAUUAUUAUCCUGCGUUAUCACAGUGAAGUAAUUUACUGAUUACGGAGCAUAUGAUUUUCAUUAUCGUGUGUAUUUAUUAAGUCGAAGUAUCGAACUCUCUUGCAGAGUUGCAGACGUCCCGUGAACGUGGGCGAUUCGUACUUCGUAUUCUUUACAUUCUUCUCUAAAUGAAGACUGUCUAAUUUCGACUAAUUUUGUAAAAAUUAAAAUGUUUUUUUCAGUUUAGAACAUACUUAACUAAAAAAAUCACCCAGUUAACGUGUCUAUUAGACGAGAAUAAAAAAGGAAAUUAGGAUAGGUACAUCAUUUAAAGUUCUCCAGUGAAUAUUUAAAACAGUUUCGACUUCUUAGACUUUUUUCAGUUCAGUUCACUUCAAAAAAUAUUAAAAUGGCUGCCGAUACUCUGCGAGUUUUAAGGAAAAGACCUUUAGAAGAAUAUGAUGAUGACUAUAAACCUUUGUCAAAACGAAUGCACAGCAUGUAUUUGAAAGAUGGUCCACUUGCUGGGGAAAACCAUUCAGCAGUCACAAACGCCUAUGGUAAUGCAUCUACAUCAGCACAAUAUAGCCAGCAAACAGUCACUGAUUUUAGUCAUCCGGCUGUAAAUAGUCAACAAAACAUAAGAGUUGAAGACCCAGAAAAUUUGCAUUAUGAUCCAGAUCUGACUUCUGAUCAAAAUCCGUUCUACUAUGAGAGCAAUAGAUUAUUAUUUGACCUUCAUGUUGAAAGGGUUCAUCGUCAUGGUCAAUAAUAAUUUUAAUUUACUCUACAAUAAAUAUUUGUUUCACCCUAAAAUUAAAAUAUUUACUGACUGUAGUCCCUCAUGGCAUAACAUCAUAUAAUAAUAUGCCAACUUUGGUUUGGCUAUAUUAUUACUUCAACUUAGUGUUCAUCUAUUUAUGUUAAUUUUUCAUCAACUAGUAAUGAACAUAUUAUAUUUAUAAAAAUUUGUUGACAUCAUGUUUCCUAUUUUAGCCAUUUAUAGGCUUAAAAAUAUAAAUUUUAGUUUUAAGGAACGAGAUGGAUUAUUUUGUU